CCUCCCCUACCUUAUGCAUGGCGCUAGACUACAGUGGUAGCUCUUGACGUAGUAACCAAUGAGCAAUAAGCAGGGUAGUGUCAAACCCACAGGUAUUACAGCAGAGUCAAUGCCGCUUCUGAGUCCCAGACGACUAUAAAGGAGGGGUCAUCGGCGGCUUUCUCUCACUCGUUGACUACAUCCAUUUCCAUCACUAUGAACCUAGUCGCUAUCCUUUCCGUGAUUAGCACAGGUGUCGUCUUUUUAUUUUGUCUUGCACAACCGCUCGCACACUACUGCGUUCGGCGCAGGCACUAUAGCCCACAUUUUAUGUUAUUUUGUCUACCUGUGCUUAUCAUGUGCGUAGUCACGAUCUCAAUUGCCGUCUCUGGCCUUUCCCGCUACAGUCCCUCUAUGAGCAUCUUGAUCUUGUGCUUUCUCGCACUAUUAGAUUGGAUCAGGGAGGUUUCCUGGACACGGAAGCUAGUCACAGGUUUUUGCUUUCUGUCUUGUUGUCUUGUAUCUUUUGGCAUUUUGAUGGUAUACUAUACGAAUCGCGCUGCGAUAUUCUCGCAGUGUUUCCAGCUGGGGUUUAUCAUUACCCUUCUCCUUUCAUAUGCACUAAUCGCCCGCACAUAUGGAUGGGCGAACUGGCACUACUGGACCUACAUUAUCUGUCUGGUUAUGGCUGCUGUUUUUGUGCUGGUUGGCAUCUGGGAGCCAGCAUUGAAACACAGCUAUAUAUAUAUCCCCGCGGUAAGUCAUCGGAAGUGGUCACUCAUGGAGGAGUCCUAAUAUAGAACAGGCCUUGUGCAUUGUGCACUCUUUCAUCGGGUUAGAAGAGUUGGCGCAGACUUUGGAUCCUCAGACGUCGGAUACUCAGACGUCGGAUAUCACAGAGGGGGGAAUUCCAUUGCAUUACUUCUCAAGAUUCGAUGACUGGU